AUGAACUCAGACGACUUACCGGUGUAUCCGACGCCACAACAAGCGACAUAUGUUGUUGGAGGCAAUCAGCAAUCACAUAGUCUGUCACAUCAGCUGUCUGGUCGCAGAAACCACAGUUCGUCUCAGCAACCCCCCAGACACCAAAACCCGCCCCACAACUACAAGAACUCACUGUCGGGCUCGCUACCGGCACCAGGCCCAUAUUCCACACAGCCGGGCCUGUCUUAUCUGUCAUAUCCGCCGCCAUCUCGCCCUGGUUAUCAACAACCUCCUCCUCAGCAGCCUCAGCAGCAGUACUAUCAACAGUACGCCUCGCCCCCGGCUCAGCAGCCAUACACACAGCCCCAGUACUAUCUGCACCAGCAACAGCCCCAAAACUAUAGACCUCAAUACUCGCAAGCACCCCCUCAGCAGCAGCCCCAGCCUCAACCCAUGCCCAGCCAACCUCUGUAUGAUCAGUACAUGUCGCCCCAGCAAUCCCACGCUGCCCCUCCCCAACACCCACAGCAGCAACUGCGUCAAGUCUCGCUGAACCUGCAGCCUCCAGCCCAGCCGUACGGUCAUUCGUCGGGCUCGCCUCAAGUUGCCAAUGCGUCUACACUGAAGAAGGCGCCGGGCCUGUGGCAGGGCCAGAACCGCUCGAAAGAGAAUGUUCUGGAGACGACAAAAUUAUCUAGCAAGCAGCGUCUUGAGGCCGAGUUGCGUUCCACUUUCGACAGAGUGGAUGUUAACCACCUGGGUAGAAUUUCUGCUCGAGAAUUGUCUAUGGCGCUCUUGAAUUUUGAUAAUACUCGUUUCCAAGAAUCGACCGUGCGUCUCAUGCUCAAACUCUUCAGUUCUGGGUCUUCCACGUCCAAGGGACUCAACUUCGACCAAUUUGUUUCUUUGUGGAAGUAUUUGACCGCCUACAAAAAGCUCUUUGUGGCUGCUGAUCUGAAUAAAUCUGGUGACAUUUCUUUCGGUGAAUUCCAAAGAAUUCUCGAACAGAUUGGCUACAAACUCAAUGUGGAUCUUGUGCUCCACCUCUUUCAAAAAUUCAGCAACAAGGAAUCAUCAUCAGAUGGUACUUCAGUCGGAAAACUCAAAUUUGACGCCUUUAUUGAGUUACUCGUCUAUCUUCGGAAGCUCACCGAUAUCUUUAAGCAGUAUGACAAGGAUCUCUCAGGUGUGGCUACAAUCAGCUACCUGGACUUUUUGCUUGAAAUCAGCAACCUCAAACUCAAAGAUGUCGAGUUCGAUGCGGAGGGUAAUCCAGAUUACACCAAAUUGAUCUUGACAUCCAGAGUAUAUGAUGUUGUCGACAAGGGUGGCUCUCCUUUGACACAUGCUGUCAACUUAUCACACCGCUGCAAUGCAAAUGUCCAUCUUAAACGUGAAGAUCUCUUACCCGUGUUCUCGUUCAAGUUGCGUGGUGCCUAUAAUAUGAUAGCCAAAUUGCAUUCCAAUCCAAACAUUCCACUUAAUGGUGUCAUUGCAUGCUCUGCUGGUAAUCAUGCCCAAGGUGUGGCCUAUUCUGCAGCCAAGCUCAACAUCCCAUCCACCAUUGUCAUGCCUACCGCUACCCCUUCCAUCAAGUAUUCUAAUGUCUCGAGACUUGGCUCUCAAGUGGUUUUGUACGGUGAGGACUUUGACGCUGCCAAACAAGAGUGUGCUAGAUUGAGUGAACUUGACAACUUGACCAACAUCCCUCCCUUCAACCAUCCUUACGUCAUUGCAGGUCAGGGUACUGUCGGAUUGGAAUUAACAACCCAGCUUAUCUUGGACGAUUUGGAUGCAGUUUUCAUUCCUGUUGGUGGCGGUGGUUUGAUCGCCGGUGUUGCCGCUUAUUUGAAGACUGUCGCUCCUCACGUCAAAAUCAUCGGAGUUGAGACAUUCGAUGCCGACGCUUUGUACCAAUCGUUAAAGAAUAAGAGGCUGGUGGAACUUGACUCUGUGGGAGUAUUCGCCGAUGGUACCGCAGUUAAGAUUCUUGGUGACGAGACUUGGAGAAUUUGUCAGGAGUACGUUGAUGAGGUUGUUCGUGUUGACACCGACGAGCUUUGUGCGGCUAUCAAAGAUGUCUUUGAGGACACCAGGUCCAUUGUGGAGCCAUCGGGUGCCCUUGGUGUUGCUGGUAUGAAGAGAUACAUCGCAGACACCGCUGGUAAAGUUGACCACAAGAAGAAGACUUACGUGCCUAUCCUCUCAGGUGCUAACAUGAACUUUGACAGAUUGCGUUUCGUGAGCGAAAGAGCUGUUCUUGGUGAAGGAAGAGAGGUCUCCUUUGUCGUUUCCAUUCCAGACAGACCAGGUGAGUUCGUUAAGCUACAGAAACUCAUCCAUCCAAGGUCCAUUACAGAAUUUUCCUACAGACUCGUGAAUGCUGACCAUCCUGCCAACAUCUACGUCAGUUUCAAUGUGCUUAACAAGGCCAAGGAGGUUCCUGCUAUCAUCGAAGCCAUGACAAACAAUGAGCACAACUUUACGGUUCUUGACAUCUCCAACAACGAAUUGGCCAAGACCCACGGCCGUUACCUUGUCGGUGGAAAGCCAACCGAUCACACCCUCAAGCCUGGACAAGAAAAGUUGUAUCAAUUCGAGUUUCCCGAAAGGCCUGGUGCUUUAACAAGAUUCUUGGAAGCGUUGAAGGACAAUUGGAACAUCACUUUGUUCCAUUACAGAAACCACGGCAACGAUGUGGGCAAGGUUUUGUGUGGUUUCGUCCUUCCAGAGACAGCCACAGAGGAGGAGUUCCAUGAGUUUUUGAAGCAAAUUGGCUACAAAUAUCAGGACGAGACAGACAACAUCAUUUACAAGAAAUUUUUAUGUAACUAA